UAAACCCCCAGCUACCUACAAACCUACAGUAUACAUACAUAAACACCACCAUAUGGCCUAUGGAUUCAGUAGCAACGGAUAAACGACAACCACCACCAGUCUCAUCUCCUCCUCCAGUCCUCCUCCUUUUGUUUCUUAGUGCAUUGUCUCCAGCAUCACAUUUUGAAUAAAUCUUCUCUCCGCCUUUCCCUCCUUCCUUCAAACUUCAAAUGGAGGUCAUCCCGAAAUCAACCAGGACGACGACAGAGCUCCACCACAUGUCUAACAAGUGGAAACAGAAACACCACAACACAGCCGAUCAACGCAGCCCUGAACGGACAAAAGUCUGGAUCGAACCUCCUCCUCCUCACAACAGACUCCGUAAAGUACCUGUUGUUUACUACCUCACUCGUAAUGGCCACCUCGAACAUCCUCAUUUCGUUGAGGUUCCUAUCUCCUCCUCUGAAGGACUUUAUCUUCGAGAUGUAAUCGAUCGCCUUAAUUCUCUACGUGGAAAAGGAAUGGCUGCGUUGUACUCAUGGUCUUCUAAAAGGAGUUAUAAAAACGGAUUCGUUUGGCACGAUUUGUCGGAGAAUGAUUUUAUUUACCCGGCGCACGGCCAAGAGUAUAUUCUGAAAGGAUCGGAGCUCUUCGACGUCCCCGGCGGUGGCACCCAGUUCAGUUCCAAAUCCGACGAAAAUGUUUCAUCCAUUUCGAAAAGAUCAUCGUCUUCCGGGACAUUAAAAUCCAUCGACGAGUUUGAUUUCUCAGUUGGCAGGAGCAGGAGGAACCAAUCAUGGAGUGCAAUCGAUCUUCAUGAGUACAAAGUCUACACCGGCGAGUCCUCCGCCGGUAGAGUCGCUGCCGACGCCUCCACUCAAACCGACGAAAGCCUCCGUCGCCGGAGAGCGAUGAUCAGCGAACUCGAAGAAGAAGAUAAACCAAACGAAUCGUAUCAAGACAACGCGAGUUCCGAGCUAAGCCGCAACGAGAUUUCACCACCGCCGUCGGAUUCUAGCCCGGAAACCCUAGAGUCGUUGAUGAAAUCCGAUGAUAAACUAAUCCUAAGGCCAGAAACAGAGUCAGAGAUGAUCUCCACGAUCAAUCCAACGGCCGGAAAUAAAAUCAAAGCACCAUCGGUGCUGAUGCAGCUGAUUUCUUGCGGUUCAAUAUCUUUCCGGGAUUGUGGACCGGGAAAAAGAAACCCGAGUUUUUCGCUCGGUUCACAGUACAAGGCAUGUAUGCUGCCACGUGGAGAAGAGGUGAAUGAUCAAGUGGAGGAGGGUGCAGGGGAAACAACAAGUGAAAAUGCUGUCGUUCCUGAAAGAAAAAACAAGGGAAGUAAAAAAAUGAUGGAAGAUAAAGAAUAUUUCAGCGGGAGCUUAAUCGAGACAAAAAAGGACGAAUUUCCAGCUUUAAAGCGAUCUAAUUCCUAUAAUGCAGAUGGGUACUUCCGGUGGCAAGGGGAAGGGCUCGGGAUGAUUGCAGUGCACACACCAUUUGUUCAGCCUGGGAUAUUUAUACUCUGA